GCGCCGCCACUAGCUCACGAGCUGCGCCCCACCCUCUCCGUCACCGAAGGCGCCCAGCCAAUGAGCGGGCGGGAAAGGCCGGGCCUGCGAACUAGGCACUGGGAGGGUGAGGGCCGCAGGGGGAAGGGAAGUCGAGAGCUCGAGGGCGGGCUGCACUUGAUUGACAGCUCGUUCGAACGAAUCCUCCACGCGGCUUUCCUUCGCUCUCUUUUCUACUCAGCCCUGCUCUUCGUCCCACCUCCUCCUCCUCCACCCCUCUCCUCUUGCCUUUCGACCCUCCCCACUUCCCCUCCCCCACUCUGCGGGCAAAUCGCUGCUGAAAAGAGGCGGGGGCCGAAGCGGCGGGCUCGUGUGGAGCCUUGAGGUGGGAUUGACUGGCGCUCAGGCCAAUGAGAGAUAGGCUCAUGGCGCGGCUGUAGCUGGAACUGACCAAUAGGAGGGCGGGCUGGGGGCGGAGGCCCAGGUUCCAAACGCUCCGCGGCGCCAUGGGCUGAAAACUCAACCGAGAUGGAAUCUCCCAGUCUGAACCGGUUUCAACCGGUUCCGAGUUUGAGGCACUAGGAGGAGGGGGAGAAGCGGCUGCAGCGGCCGCGGCAGGAGCAGCGGGAGCUACAGCAUCAGCAAGAGCAACAGUAGCUACAGCCCCGGCGGCGGUGCCUGUUCCAGUCUUUGCUGCUGCAGUCCGUGCAACCACCCAGAGGGGGAGGGGGGAACCACCAGUCGCUGAGGAGCAAGAGAAGGGGGGAAAGUUUAGGCGAGCCUGGGGGGGGCCCAGCGCCGGAGCCGCGUGAGAGAGGGAGCCGUGUUUUGGUAGGGGGGAGUCGGACUGCAACUGGCAGCAGAGCGUCCCCCCGGCCGUGUGGACUCUACACCCCCUACUCCUGCCGCUUCUGCUGCUGCCUGUGGCUGGAGGGUCCCCCUGGGGCUGAAUCUUUGGGACUUGACCCGGUUCCCUCCCCCUUCCCUCACUCCCCAGCCGGGCGGGAGCAUUUAUUCCCCAGAUUAAUUCCCCUUCUUUUUUGGGGGGCGGGUGGGUGUGUGUGUUGGGGGGAAGCGUCCCUGAAAUAGUAAAUAUUAUUGAGCUCUUUUUGCCCUUUUCCUCUCCGUUUUUUUAAUUUCUUUUUUUAAGGUGGGAAAACUGUGAAACCCACCUUGAUUCGUCCCCUCUCCCCCUCCCCACCUUCCCUGGCCCUAAUCCCCCGACAAGGAAGGAAGGAGCAGUUGGUUCAAUCUCUGGUAAUCUAUGCCAGCAAUUAUGACAAUGUUAGCAGACCAUGCAGCUCGUCAGCUGCUCGAUUUCAGCCAAAAACUGGAUAUCAACUUAUUAGAUAAUGUGGUGAAUUGCUUAUACCAUGGAGAAGGAGCCCAGCAAAGAAUGGCUCAAGAAGUACUGACACAUUUAAAGGAGCAUCCUGAUGCUUGGACAAGAGUCGACACAAUUUUGGAAUUUUCUCAGAAUAUGAAUACGAAAUAUUAUGGACUACAAAUUUUGGAAAAUGUGAUAAAAACAAGGUGGAAGAUUCUUCCAAGGAACCAGUGUGAAGGAAUAAAAAAAUACGUUGUUGGCCUCAUUAUCAAGACGUCAUCUGACCCAACUUGUGUAGAGAAAGAAAAGGUGUAUAUCGGAAAAUUAAAUAUGAUCCUUGUUCAGAUACUGAAACAAGAAUGGCCCAAACAUUGGCCAACUUUUAUCAGUGAUAUUGUUGGAGCAAGUAGGACCAGCGAAAGUCUCUGUCAAAAUAAUAUGGUGAUUCUUAAACUCUUGAGUGAAGAAGUAUUUGAUUUCUCUAGUGGACAGAUAACCCAAGUCAAAUCUAAGCAUUUAAAAGACAGCAUGUGCAAUGAAUUCUCACAGAUAUUUCAACUGUGUCAGUUUGUAAUGGAAAAUUCUCAAAAUGCUCCACUUGUACAUGCAACCUUGGAAACAUUGCUCAGAUUUCUGAACUGGAUUCCCCUGGGAUAUAUUUUUGAGACCAAGUUAAUCAGCACAUUAAUUUAUAAGUUCCUGAAUGUUCCAAUGUUUCGAAAUGUCUCUCUGAAGUGCCUCACUGAGAUUGCUGGUGUGAGUGUAAGCCAAUAUGAAGAACAAUUUGUAACGCUAUUUACUCUGACAAUGAUGCAACUAAAGCAGAUGCUUCCUUUAAAUACCAAUAUUCGACUUGCGUACUCAAAUGGAAAAGAUGAUGAACAGAACUUCAUUCAAAAUCUCAGUUUGUUUCUCUGCACCUUUCUUAAGGAACAUGAUCAACUUAUAGAAAAAAGAUUAAAUCUCAGGGAAACUCUUAUGGAGGCCCUUCAUUAUAUGUUGUUGGUAUCUGAAGUAGAAGAAACUGAAAUCUUUAAAAUUUGUCUUGAAUACUGGAAUCAUUUGGCUGCUGAACUCUAUAGAGAGAGUCCAUUCUCUACAUCUGCCUCUCCGUUGCUAUCUGGAAGUCAACAUUUUGAUGUUCCUCCCAGGAGACAGCUAUAUUUGCCCAUGUUAUUCAAGGUCCGUUUAUUAAUGGUUAGUCGAAUGGCUAAACCAGAGGAAGUAUUGGUUGUAGAGAAUGAUCAAGGAGAAGUUGUGAGAGAAUUCAUGAAGGAUACAGAUUCCAUAAAUUUGUAUAAGAAUAUGAGGGAAACAUUAGUUUAUCUUACUCAUCUGGAUUAUGUAGAUACAGAAAGAAUAAUGACAGAGAAGCUUCACAAUCAAGUGAAUGGUACAGAGUGGUCGUGGAAAAAUUUGAAUACAUUGUGUUGGGCAAUAGGCUCCAUUAGUGGAGCAAUGCAUGAAGAGGAUGAAAAACGAUUUCUUGUUACUGUUAUAAAGGAUCUAUUAGGAUUAUGUGAACAGAAAAGAGGCAAAGAUAAUAAAGCUAUUAUUGCAUCAAAUAUCAUGUACAUAGUAGGUCAAUAUCCACGAUUUUUGAGAGCUCACUGGAAAUUUUUGAAGACUGUAGUUAACAAGCUGUUCGAAUUCAUGCAUGAGACCCAUGAUGGAGUCCAGGACAUGGCUUGUGAUACUUUCAUUAAAAUAGCCCAAAAAUGCCGUAGGCAUUUCGUUCAGGUUCAGGUUGGAGAAGUGAUGCCAUUUAUUGAUGAAAUUUUGAACAACAUUAACACUAUUAUUUGUGAUCUUCAGCCUCAACAGAAUGUGGAUAUACUGAAAGAUCCUGAAACAGUCAAGCAGCUUGGUAGCAUUUUGAAGACAAAUGUGAGAGCCUGCAAAGCUGUUGGACACCCCUUUGUAAUUCAGCUUGGAAGAAUUUAUUUAGAUAUGCUUAAUGUAUACAAGUGCCUCAGUGAAAAUAUUUCUGCAGCUAUCCAAGCUAAUGGUGAAAUGGUUACAAAGCAACCAUUGAUUAGAAGUAUGCGAACUGUAAAAAGGGAAACUUUAAAGUUAAUAUCUGGUUGGGUGAGCCGAUCGAAUGAUCCACAAAUGGUAGCUGAAAAUUUUGUUCCCCCUCUGUUGGAUGCAGUUCUCAUUGAUUAUCAGAGAAAUGUCCCAGCUGCUAGAGAACCAGAAGUGCUUAGUACUAUGGCCAUAAUUGUCAACAAGUUAGGGGGACAUAUAACAGCUGAAAUACCUCAAAUAUUUGAUGCUGUUUUUGAAUGCACAUUGAAUAUGAUAAAUAAGGACUUUGAAGAAUAUCCUGAACACAGAACGAACUUUUUCUUACUACUUCAGGCUGUCAAUUCUCAUUGUUUCCCAGCAUUCCUUGCUAUUCCACCUACACAGUUUAAACUUGUUUUGGAUUCCAUCAUUUGGGCCUUCAAACAUACUAUGAGGAAUGUCGCAGAUACGGGCUUACAGAUACUUUUUACACUCUUACAAAAUGUUGCACAAGAAGAAGCUGCAGCUCAGAGUUUUUAUCAAACUUAUUUUUGUGAUAUUCUCCAGCAUAUCUUUUCUGUUGUGACAGACACUUCACAUACUGCUGGUUUAACAAUGCAUGCAUCAAUUCUUGCAUAUAUGUUUAAUUUGGUUGAAGAAGGAAAAAUAAGUACAUCAUUAAAUCCUGGAAAUCCAGUUAACAACCAAAUCUUUCUUCAGGAAUAUGUGGCUAAUCUCCUUAAGUCGGCCUUCCCUCACCUACAAGAUGCUCAAGUAAAGCUCUUUGUGACAGGGCUUUUCAGCUUAAAUCAAGAUAUUCCUGCUUUCAAGGAACAUUUAAGAGAUUUCCUAGUUCAAAUAAAGGAAUUUGCAGGUGAAGACACUUCUGAUUUGUUUUUGGAAGAAAGAGAAAUAGCCCUACGACAGGCUGAUGAAGAGAAACAUAAACGUCAAAUGUCUGUCCCUGGCAUCUUUAAUCCACAUGAGAUUCCAGAAGAAAUGUGUGAUUAAAAUCCAAAUUCAUGCUGUUUUUUUUCUCUGCAACUCUUGUUGGCAGAGGAAAACAGCAUGUGGGUAUUUGUCGACCAAAAUGAUGCCAAUUUGUAAAUUAAAAUGUCACCUAGUGGCCCUUUUUCUUAUGUGUUUUUUUGUAUAAGAAAUUUUCUGUGAAAUAUCCUUCCAUUGUUUAAGCUUUUGUUUUGGUCAUCUUUAUUUAGUUUGCAUGAAGUUGAAAAUUAAGGCAUUUUUAAAAAUUUUACUUCAUGCCCAUUUUUGUGGCUGGGCUGGGGGGAGGAGGCAAAUUCGAUUUGAACAUAUACUUGUAAUUCUAAUGCAAAAUUAUACAAUUUUUCCUGUAAACAAUACCAAUUUUUAAUUAGGGAGCAUUUUCUUUCUAGUCUAUUUCAGUCUAGAAGAAAAGAUAAUGAGUAAAACAAAUUGCGUUGUUUAAAGGAUUAUAGUGCUGCAUUGUCUGAAGUUAGCACCUCUUGGACUGAAUUGUUUGUCUAGACUACAUGUAUUACAAAGUCUCUUUGGCAAGAUUGCAGCAAGAUCAUGUGCAUAUCAUCCCAUUGUAAAGCGACUUCAAAAAUAUGGGAACACAGUUAGUUAUUUUUACACAGUUCUUUUUGUUUUUGUGUGUGUGUGCUGUCGCUUGUCGACAACAGCUUUUUGUUUUCCUCAAUGAGGAGUGUUGCUCAUUUGUGAGCCUUCAUUAACUCGAAGUGAAAUGGUUAAAAAUAUUUAUCCUGUUAGAAUAGGCUGCAUCUUUUUAACAACUCAUUAAAAAACAAAACAAAACAACUCUGGCUUUUGAGAUGACUUAUACUAAUUUACAUUGUUUACCAAGCUGUAGUGCUUUAAGAACACUACUUAAAAAGCAAAAUAAACUUGGUUUACAUUUA